AUGAGAGGACGAUGGAGCUCCUACUCCAUGUCUGUUCUGCUCUCUCUGAUCGUACUGUGGCAGACCCGGUCAAGAGCAGCUUCCAAUUCAACACGUAAAACCAUCGACAUCACAACCUUCACCAAGAUCCUGGACAGUCUGCUGGAUGGAUAUGACAACAGAUUGAGACCAGGCCUGGGAGACCGCGUAACUGAAGUGAAGACUGACAUCUAUGUGACCAGCUUUGGUCCAGUGUCUGACACAGAUAUGGAGUACACUAUAGAUGUUUUCUUCCGUCAGAGAUGGAAGGAUGAGCGCCUUAAGUUUAAUGGACCAAUGAACAUUCUCCCUCUCAACAACCUGAUGGCCAGCAAGAUCUGGACCCCUGACACUUUCUUCCACAAUGGCAAGAAAUCUGUUGCCCACAAUAUGACGAUGCCCAACAAGCUGCUGAGAAUCAUGGAUGAUGGAACCUUGCUCUACACUAUGAGGCUCACAGUCCAAGCUGAGUGUCCUAUGCACCUAGAAGACUUUCCCAUGGACUCCCACUCGUGUCCUCUGAAGUUCGGCAGCUAUGCCUACACAAAGACAGAGGUUACUUACCUCUGGACUCGUAAUGCCUCCCAGUCAGUGGAUGUUGCAGCUUAUGGAUCCAGACUCAACCAGUAUGAUUUGGUGGGCCAGAGUGUGGGGAAGGAGACCAUUAAAUCCAGUACUGGUGAAUACACAGUCAUGACAGCUCACUUCCACCUGAAGAGAAAGAUCGGCUACUUUGUGAUCCAGACAUACUUACCCUGCAUCAUGACCGUCAUCCUCUCUCAGGUCUCCUUCUGGCUCAAUCGAGAAUCUGUGCCAGCCAGGACUGUGUUUGGCGUAACUACAGUCCUCACAAUGACAACCCUAAGUAUCAGUGCCCGCAAUUCACUGCCUAAGGUGGCCUAUGCUACAGCUAUGGACUGGUUCAUUGCGGUCUGUUAUGCCUUUGUCUUCUCUGCACUCAUUGAAUUCGCUACGGUCAACUACUUCACCAAGAGAGGCUGGGCCUGGGACGGAAAGAGUGUGGUCAGGGAAAAGAAAAAGGAAGCCUCCAUCAUGAAGAAGAACAAUGCCUACGCUGUAGCUGUGGCUAACUACGCUCCCAACAUUACAAAAGACUCAACGCUGCCAACCAUCUCCAAGUGUGCCCAGAAUGAAACCAACAAAACCACGGCAGAGACGAAGCCCGAGAACAAGAAAACCUUUAACAGCGUCAGCAAGAUCGACCGCAUCUCUCGCAUCAUGUUCCCGGUGCUGUUCGGGGGCUUUAACCUGGUUUAUUGGGCCACCUACCUGAACAAAGAACCGGUCAUUAAAGAUCUGGAUCUUUCCAAAUGAACUGCUGGGACUGACUCCAUCACAAGCCCUAUUCAGGAAUUAUACAUGUACCGGUAUUACAUGCAUAGAGAAUGAUCUGUCAAGUACAAAUUUUAGAUCAAUUCAGGUAUAUAUCAUAACUGGGUUAGAAUAAACCUGAGAGCUCACAUACCGAGUGUAAGUGCCAAACAGCCUCCUCUGCCAUUGUGUCAUUAUCUUAGUUUCACUUGUUGAUCAGCUGCUCAAGCUGAGAGGGAAGGAAACUCAUGGAUGAACCAUAUCUUUUUCCUCCUGGAUACGAGAAAUGGUAAGUGUUCAUUUUGUAUUAAGCCUACUUAAGCAUUCCAAAUGUUGUAAUAAUAACAGCAUUCAAAAAAACAGAAAACUAUUUAUUACCUGAAGAAUCUGAAAAUACUUCAUUCUAUAUCCGACUGGUUUAAUUGCAUGCAACGUAAUGGCAGUCACCUUGCUUUAAAUCCAACCAGGGACCUUUGUCACUUUUCUUAACCUAUAUUCCUCUCUCUGUUUUCUGUUAACAACAAAUAAAGGAAAGACCAUGUUUAAUCAUGAAACCAAUCAGGGUUUUUUGCUGCAUUGCUUUUUGAUAAUGAAUCAUAUGAGGAAAGGUCAUUAAGUGACAAACCCACAGAGAAUAAUCAGCAACUUUACCUCAGCUCUCCAGAGCUUUUUAGCCCUUUGUUUAUUCAUCAGCUUUUGGUCACAUUGUGGUUCAACAUCAUUCCCAGCAGCAGCAGCCCUUUCUGGAGCUGGUGGAGACCAAACCGGAAAUACAAAUA